AGAAUAGUUAAUUAUUAUGGAUGAUAAAAGAAAUGAAAUAAAAUCAACGAUUAUGAAUCGUAUUCAAAUGAUUAAUAAUGAAAUGAACAAAAAAUCUAGCCAACAAUCAAAAAAUGAUAAUAAUAUUCAGAAUCGACGUUGGAACUAUGCCAAUACAAAUGCUAUUCGAACAUUAGAACGACAGCAACAACAACAACAAAAAUCAAGCCAAAUCAUUGAAUCAUCAAUAUCGAAUGAACCAAACAAAAAAAUGUCAACAAUCAAUUCAGAUUCAUUGAAAAAUAAUGAUAAUGAUUAUGAUGAUGAUGUUGGUGAUCAUAAUAAUAGAAAAGAAAUAAUCGAUAAUAAUAGUGAGUGUCACCAGGAAAUUUCCAACGAACCGAUUGAAGAAAUUUCUCCAUCAUCGUCAUCAUCAUCAUCGUUUUCAUUGAAGGAUGGCGAAAACAAUGAUAAUAGUGGUAGUAGUGAAAUAAUUAUGAAGAAUGUAUUGCUACCUAAUAAUGACGAGAAUACAGAUUCAUCAUCUACAUCAUCGCCAGCUUUUUAUACAAUAACAAAACCUACAAUGUUGACAAAUUUUUCAUUUGAUUCAUCAGCAACCACGAUGAAUACGAAUCUAAGACCAAUAUUGAAACGAAAAGAUUCGUUGGAUAAAUCAACUGUUUCGAAAAAUCCACCUGAUCCAAAUCUACCGCCACCGAUUCUAAAAAAACGUGAUAGUUCUGCAUUAAAUAUUGAUGGUAAUAUUAUUUCAUCCACUGGAAAUGAUUCUUCAUCGUCAACAUUAACUUCGAGUAUGAAUUCAAACAACGAUGUAGCAACAUUGUGUUUACAACAACCACCGCCGCCUUCCAUAUUGAAAAAUCGUCAGCAACAGCCAAGAGGUUCAUAUUCCUUUGAUGAAACAUUGAACAUUAAUACAGAUGUAAUCGGAUCAACAUCAGAUGAUCCUUUACAACCACAUUAUCAUCAGCAACAACCGUAUCACUUGAAGCCAAUUUUAAAGAAAAAAUCAUGGAGUACUGAAAGUGGUCCGGAUCAUUUUGGUCAUUCGACAAUUGGAUCAAAUUCCAAUAAUGAUCAUCAGGUAAAAGGAAUAUUGAAAUCAUCAUCAAUUGAUCGUUCACCACCACAACAAUCAUCUCCAACCGGUUCAUCAUUGUUGACUGCAACUAAAAAUUCAUCAAAUUUCGAUGAACGAGAUCCGGGAACAACAGUGUCUUAUUUAUAUUCUCAUUCAACAACAAAUGAACAAUCAACGACCACUACUUCAUUUUCAUCGAAUAAAUUUUUUUCACCAUCAAAUAAUCUAUCAACCGCUGGCCUAAAAAGUAUCCUCAAAUCAUCAUCAUCAUCAACAGUAGCGAGUCGACAGAAUCGUUUACGUUCAACAUCAUUAUCACCAACAGCAUCGACCGAUUCAUUAUCAUUAUUAUCGUCAAAUACAGAUGAAUCAGAAGAAUCAUCUUCAUCAUUGGUCAUCAAUAAUAAUCGUAAAAGUGCAUUUCGUAAACGUGCAUCAUUGGAUGGCAAUUUAAUAGUGAAUAGUAUUGGCGGGAAUGAUGAGAGUUCAUCGAAACCGUUAUUUCGAUUAUUUAACAAAAACAAAAAUGAUGAAAUAUCUGUGAUCAAUCAAGCAACAAUACAAUCAUCAUCAUCAUCAUCAUCAAUGGCAACUGAAACAAUUAUUAAACCGAUUUUAAAAUCAAAUUUACGAUCUGAUAAUAGUGGGAAUAAUUGCCAAAAUCAGCAACAUCAAUGUUUAAAUGACAAUGAAUCCGUUCAAUCCACAUGUUUAGAUUCGAAUGAUAUUGAUGAUAAUAGUAUGUCAUCAUCAUCGUCAUCAUCAUCAUUAGCAGCAACAAGUUUGAUGGAAAUGAUUCAUACAUUACCCGAUAAUAAUGAUAUUAAUAAUGAUAAUAAUAAUGAACAAUCAUCAUCGACAAUGAGAAUAAUGUCGACAACAGCAUCAUCAUCACCAACAACAGCCACGGCGACAACAUCAAUGGAUACGGUUAUUGCAUUACGCUUUCAAGCAUCACCAACAUCAUCAUCUAGAAUAAAUAGCAGCAAUAUUAAUAAUAAAAUAGUUCGCAAAGUUCGACCAAAGAGUUGUUUUGUGAUAGGUGUGGCUGAUGAUAAUCAUAAUAAUGAUGGUAAUAUUGAUGAUGAUGGUGGUGGUAGUACUACAAUUAGUAUUAGUGAACGUUUAGCCAAGCUAAAACAGAAUGGUGAAUAUGGAUGGCGACAACGAAUUAUUCCUCGUGAUCAACAACAACAAUCAUCAUCAUCAUCGACGACAACGACAAAGUCAAUGCUAAAAUCAACAAAUAGUUUAAAGUCAGAUACAAAAGAAAUUAAGAUUGCUAAUCGUUUGUCAGCUUUAAUGGAUUCACAAUCACAAUGGCGAGCAAGAGUACCGGAAAAAGAUGCAAAAAAAUUUACGGUUGCAUCAAAAUUAUCAACUACUAAUACAAAUAACACACCAACUAAUGAUAAAUCAAAUGAUAAUGAUGGUAUGGAUAAAGUUGUAUUACGUGAAACACCUAAACGUCAUGGUCUUCGUGGAUCAACAUUGAGCGAGAAAAAACUUGGUGCCAUUAGUCUAAAAUUGAACACAGUAUUGGGUAAAGAUAAAAAUCCAUUUUCCAGUCCUUCACAACGAUCACCUAUCUCAAAAACCAAAUCCAACAACAAUGAUGAUGGCAAUGGUAAUAAUAAUCAAACAUCAUCAUUAGAACAAUCUACAAAUGCUACAAAUGAAAUUUCUCAACCUGAAACGAUUAUGAUUUUGAAACCUGACGAUGAAGAAAGUUUUGGUUCAUUUUUUGGUUUUGAUUCAAAUAGGAUGAAUGAAUUAUUGAAACCAUCAUCACCUGCAUUAUCAACAACAACACCAUUAGAUAAUGACAAAGAACAACAAUCGUAUAGUUUAUCAACACUAGAUACGACAACAUCGACAAUAAAAUUACUUUCGGAAAGUAAAAAAACACGUGUUCAGGCACCACGUCGACGUCGGCAAGCAACAGGUAAAAAUCCAUUGGCACGUGCAUCGAUUGCGAUCGAUUCAUAUCAAACUUCAUCCUCAACAACGAUAUCAUCAUCUGGAGUAACUAAUGGAACGAUUCAUAUGGAUGAUGAUUCAAAGAUCUCAUCAUCGUCACCGAUCUCUUCAACACCACGAACACCUAGUACACCAAUAACCAAAGAUGAUUCCAGAUUUGCAUUAUCUGCAUUAGCCGGUUUGGCUAGUGUUGAAGAUUUUAAAUCUGUUGCAAACAAGCUUCGUAGUAAUAAUAGUGUUGUACGAAAUGAUUCAUGGCGUACAUUUGAUCUUAAAAAUUCAUUACAAUCUAAAAUGUUGAUACUAAUAAAAGGACGACGAAAAGCACAUACACGUUUGAUUGAACCACGAUGGCAAUCAUUGAAUCAAAUGGAUAGUUUUAUUCUGGUCACCAAAGAUAAAAUUAUUGCCUAUAUUGGUCGUUAUUCAAACAUUAUUGAGCGAACUAAAUGUAUGGAGAUUUCCGAUCUAAUUCGAAAACGUAAAGAUCUUUGUUUUAGAUCUUCAUCGAACGGUGUUACGUUGAUUGAUUGUCAAAAUGAUUUGAAUUUAUCGAAUAAUUCGAUACUUAUGGACAGAUUAAUGCCUCUACUUCAAGAAUUAAAUUUUAACAUUGAAAAUGAUGUAGAUCAAUUUGAAAAAUUUAUCGGCUCAACUAUAUUGAAUUUAGAUUUGGAUGAAGAUGAUGAAUUUUAUGAAGAAUUUAUUAAUCAUAGUAAUAUUGUUUAUCAAGUCGUGUUUGAUGAAAAAUCAGAUGCAGAAAAAGCCCAAUUGCGACCAUUGGAAAAUAAUUGUGGCCGACAACCACGUCAUGCUAUUUUACAACCAGAUAAAGCUCUGGUAUUUGAUUUUGGAAGCGAAAUGUAUAUCUGGCUUGGUAAAAGUGUAUCAAAUAUUAUACGUAAAAAAGCUGUUGAAGCAGCUAAAGAUUACUGGUAUCAAGGUUAUGAUUAUACGGAAUUUGAUUGCUGUCCAUUAGGUAAUAAUAUCACAAUCAAAUCUGAUCGACGUCCAGAUUGGGCCUGGUUUAUUCGUGUCAAUCAAAAUAUGGAACCAAUUUUAUUCAAAGAUAAAUUUUUUAAUUGGCCAGCAUUCACGUUAACACGUCCCGAAAAGAAGUAUCAAUCAAGAAAAUCAUCAUUAUCGUCGUCGACAACAAUAACAACAAACAAUGAUGAUGCAAAGAAACAUAAAUGCUGCAAAAAAGAUCUUUCAGCCGAAUUAAAUCUAUUUCCAGUGGAUGUUGAAAAGGAUAUGAUUCAAAAUGUACCGCAACAACAAGAGCUUAUACUUGAAUGUGUUUCAUUGGGACGUGGUGCUGGUGAUACGAUACAUGAUGAAGAUGGCCUUCCAGUGAAAGUGAUAACAUUAGAUGUACAAUGUUUUGUCAUUGAUGAAUGCGGUGAUCGUGUUGAACUGAAUGAAAUGGAUAAAAAUUUUCUUUGUAGUUCAGAAUCCUAUUACAUUAGAUGGAAAUAUCGUUUAACACGAAUUAGUCGAUGUUUAAAAACUGGUGGUGAAUCUCGUUAUUCUGUUGAACAACAUGGAGGUCGUGAUCGUGUUUGUUAUUUUGUAUGGCAGGGUAAAGAUACUCGUAAUACACAACGUGGUAUAACAGCAUUGAAUGCAAUUGAAAAACUUCGUGUUGAAGGUGCAUCACAAACAUAUGUUGAACAUGGACAAGAAGAUCCAAUAUUUUUACGAAUAUUUCAAGGUUCGUUGGUUAUACAGAACGGCAAACGAAAACAAACAAACAAUUGUGGAAGUUAUCGAAUGUUUAUGUUAAAGGAUACAUUACCCGAAGAACAAUUUAUGAUAGAAUUGGAAUGUAGUUUUCGAAAUCUUCGUAGUCGUAUUUCAUAUGCAUUUGUAAAUCCAGGUCAUUCAUCAAAAAUCUAUUUAUGGCAUGGAUGUAAAACUAACGAAUCUGAACGUCUAAAAAUACGUACAUUUUUUGAUACAAACAUUCUUAAACAUCGAUCUCAGGAAUUUGGAUUUCCCGUCGAUGAUCUUAUCGAUGAUUAUCAUCUUAUCGAUCUGGAUGAAGGUCGAGAAAGUCGAGAAUUUAUGAAUAUUUUUCAACAACAACAACAGAUUUUAUCACCAGAUUCAACAUUAACACGACGACAAUCAAAAUCUAAUCUACAUCGUGAUGUUUAUUUUUCUUUGAUCGAUGAUAAUCGUCAUUAUUGUUUUACACCUCGUUUGUUUCAUUUUCGAACAUCAUCCGAUCGAAUAUUUGAAUCUAUUGAAAUAAUUUCAUCAUAUUAUCCACCGAAAUCAGCUCGAGCAACCAUACAUAUUAGUUAUCCAUUCGUACAGGAUGAUAUUUAUGGACGAGCAAAAAUACGACCCACCUUUUUUCUUUUUGAUGCUGAAUAUGAAGUCUAUCUUUGGGAAUCCAAAUAUCCAUUUUUUAUUAGCUCGAAUCAAACAACAAUAAAAAAUGAACAUCAACAGAAUCCAAAUAAAUCACCUGUUGAUGAUGAUGAUGAUGAUGGUGGCGGUGAUGAGCGGCGACAACAAAUGCCAAAAAUGAUCGAUAUCGAAGAAGAAAUUCAAUCCGAAUGUAAUAUGACUACUGGUUUUGCUGCACAACUUUGGCUUGCCGAACGAAAAUGUGCACUUGAAACUACACUUGCCUAUUGUCAUGCAAAAAAUCCGGCCGAACCGCCAAAAUCUUAUGUGAUAUCAGCCGGUCUUGAACCGGAUUCUUUUUGUGGUUUAUUUCCAACAUGGACCUAUUAUGACAAUGUUGCCAAAUUACACAUUCAGGAUGGACGAAAACCAGGCGAACAGAUUCUAGUACAAGAAGUUCUUUCACAAAUGGAAGAUAUUAAUCAAUCGACUUAUAGCUAUGAAGAAUUGAAACGUCGGCCAUUGCCUGAAGGUAUCAAUAUUCUUUGCCUGGAAUCUUAUUUGGAUGAUGAAGAAUUUGAGAAAGUAUUUUCCAUGAAUCGUGAAGAAUUUUGUUCAUUACCCACAUGGAAGCAGAAGCUAAUUAAACAGGAAAAGGAAUUAUUUUAAUCCUUCAAUUUUUUUUAUCGAAAAACAUUUUUUUAAUGCUUUUACGAUUUUCAAAUGUGAUUUAUUUCGC